ACGGACUACAAUAUCUCCUCGAGACAGAAAGGGUACAGCGAGCCCAUUCUGUCCCCGUAGUCCGUGGCCAUCAACAGAGAUAAAAUACGUCAAUAAAAUAAAUCGGCAAGUGGAUGCCUGACGGGCCAGUUGCUGUCGACUCUCAUCCUAGAUUGUCCGGGAUAAUGGAUACCGUCAAUGCGACGUUCGCACAUGGAGGGCCAACAAAGCUGCCCUCAGAGUUCUACGGCCCGAAAUUGGGGGAGAUUCUCGACAAAGUGGCGGUUGAAGAAUGGAAUGCCGUCUCCCUUUCCAUUCCAGCUAGCCAGUGGUGUGUGGCAUGCACUGGCUCCCGGCUCCCCAACGAAUGGACAGCCGGGUCGCCGUCCAAGCACACCAACCAGAGCCCGGACAGCGACCCGGGACGCGCAGAGAACCAAGUCAGCUGGGGAGUGGGGUCGGCACCAUCAUCCACUCUCCACUGGACGAAGGACGGGAAGAGGAGAGUGGGGUGUUGGGUUGGAAUGGGGAGUGGUGGGAGAAGGGGGCAGAGACGUGGAACAACAAAAAACUCCUGGGGACAGAACAAUAAAUAAAUAAAUAAAAUAAAAUAAACUUCCCAUUUUUCUUCCUGGUAGUGAAGUUGCAAUGUAUCAAAUCCGUUUGACGUUAGUUUCCAUCCGAUGUUUCUUGUGAAUCGAGCAUCCCGGACAUGGCUAAUUCCAGCCAGGAGGAUUAUCACGCACCAUCACCAACGUCAGUCACAAAGAAUUACGCCGGAGACGAGUAACAGCGCGUUGCGAAAUCAUUCACGAUCUUAAAAUGUGCUGACUCGAGCUUCUUCAACGCAGUGCCACAGCGGGAUAUCUCAUACAAAACACUAGUCAAAGUCUUCCAUUGCCAGACCAACCGCUCAACCGCUCAACCGCUCAACCGAACCGGGAACGAGUGCGGACGAAUAAAAACCCCACUC